AGUUAUAAAAUACAUACGGAGGAUUUUUUUUACGUUUAAUCUUAUGAUUAAGAUGAGUUUUGGUUGCUAAAAAAUCAGUACAGUUGGUAUUUGUCAGUAAUUUCUAAUUAAUUCAAUGCCAUUAUCCGUACGGCAACGAAGUAUUCUCAAUAAAAAUGGCGCUAAAAGAACCACUAGUUUUAAAGGAAAGAGCUCGUCAAAAGUCAGUGAGGGAGAUGUGCUAGUUGUAAAUGCUCCCUCAGAUCUAAGAAGUAUUGCAUAUCCUGGAGGUGCUGUCGUUUUAGUAUUGUUACUCUCAGCUCGUUUACUCUCAUCAUAUUAUGGCCAUAUAGCAGACUGUGAUGAAACAUACAAUUAUUGGGAACCUUUGCAUUAUCUUGUUUAUGGAAAUGGAUUGCAGACGUGGGAAUACAGUCCAGCCUUUGCGAUCAGAUCAUAUAUGCCAUUGUGGUUAUUUGCCAUACCUGCAAAAAUACUAGCUGUAUUUAUGAGUCCUGUAAAAAUAUUUUAUGUGUUACGAGCAGUACUUGCUAGCUUGAGUGCCGUUGCAGAGCUGAUGUUUUACAAAGCGAUAUGCCACGAGUACGGCGUGCACGUGGGGCGGGUGUGGCUGGGCCUCACGCUGCCGGCGGCGGGCUGCUUCGCCAGCUGCGCCGCCAUGCUGCCGUCGGCGUGGAGCUCCGCGCUCACGGCGGCCGCGCUCGCCUGCUGGUGGCGGCGGCGGUACCCUGCCGCAGUCAUGUUCACGGCUGCCACUUCCUUACUAAGUUGGCCCUUUACAGCUUUAAUUGGAGUGCCCAUUGCUAUAGAUAUGAUUUUCAUGAAACAACAAUAUGUAGCCUUCUUCAAGUGGUCGGUUAUAUCGCUCGUCACAAUUUUGUUACCUAUGAUAAUAGUGGACUCUUGGCUUUACGGGCGGCUAGUAAUUGCGCCGUGGAAUAUAGUAGCUUACAACAUAUUUACUGAACAUGGACCAGAUUUAUAUGGAGUCGAGCCUUGGACCUACUAUUUUGUUAACGGAUUUCUUAAUUUUAAUAUUGUAUGGAUUCUAGCUUUAUCGAGUCCACUGCUGUUGUUGGCGUGCACCGCAAUCUCGGCUCGCUCGACUGCCCGGGCCCCGUUCUGCUCCCCUUACUGGCUGGGGCUGAUGCCGCUCACGCUGUGGCUGAUAGUAUUCAUGCUACAGCCUCAUAAAGAGGAACGAUUUUUGUACCCAGUCUACAACAUGAUCGUGCUAGCCGGAGCUAUCGGUGUCGAUUGUUUGCAAAAGAUGACAUUUGCGGUCGGCACUGAACUGUUUAGAUGGCGGAAAAUGAGGGAAAAACGUCACUACCUCGUGUACACCGGUGCACUCAUGGCAAUAUCUGUUUCCGUAGCCGGGAUAGUCAGUGUUUCGCGGAUAAUGGCGCUGUUUAAUAACUACCACGCACCGAUGAACAUUCUGCAUCACCUGCCGGUCACGAAUGACACAGGCCUUUACCAAAACAAGUAUGUUUGUUUUGGUAAAGACUGGUACCGAUCGCCAUCCAGUUUUCACCUGCCUCCUGAGUACCGGAUUCGUUUUGUAGCCAGCGAGUUUAAUGGACAGCUACCGGCACCUUAUGCUUCAUCACCGAAUGCCACCCGUUUCGUUCAACCACAUUUCAACGAUUUGAAUAAAGGUGACAACCGCACGUACCUCAGGCCUUCGGAAUGCCAUUAUUUGGUUGAUACGGACAUUGGACAGCCUAGUGCUAUGCAGCCAGCGUACCAUCGUAACUCAACGUCCUGGGAAAUCGUUGCAAGCCUUCCUAUAUUGGAUGCUGAGAGAUCUCAUACAAUUUUUAGGGCAUUCUAUGUUCCAUUUCUAUCAAAUAAACACAACGUUUACUCGUCAUUAUACUUGUUAAAAAAUAAGAUUAUUGACAGUUUAAACUAGUCAUGAUAUUUAAGUAAUCUUUAGUUAUGGGUACUAAGAGUUAUCAAGUGAAACGGUUUAUUGUG